GUUGAAAUCGAAACGUCGUAUUCUAUUAUUUAUUUUCUUUCUACGUGACUUUACCGAAAGAACCACAGAGUAAGGUGGUGUUAAGUUUGUGAGCUCUUUUGAGCUCCAUUCAGCUCUGCAAGUUUCAUCAGGGUUCAAUUCGCACCGUUUAAGGUUCAGCGCAAUGGGUCCAGAAGGGGCUCGCGUAACUUCAAGCAAUGACGAGGGACAUUCUUGAGGUCCUGAUGAAUUAUGAGACAUCAGCAUAUUUUUGCCAAAAAAUGUUGGUACUUUCCAGCACGUGACCUUAUACAAUGUAAAUAUAACGAGACUGGGAACUUCGUCACUAUUUCCAAGAAAUCGUGUGAACAUCACUUUCCCGUGGUUACCAUCAACACAGGUGUGCAAUAAUAAUAAUAUGCAUGACACCACUAACUCUUGUACAAAUAUAAAUGCAUUUCAGCCUAUCCAACGGUGUUGCAAAAAAAAUGCCAGAAUCGACGAUUAUAAAAUAUAUAUUUUUUUAUAAACGUAUUUUUUUUAAGGUCUUCAUUCAUUAGGCGCGGCGUCACACGCAGAUGUAGAAACCGGCAUUUGCACUUGACAUUCUUUUGAGGAGCAUGUUGAAUUUGGAGCGCGUUCGGGCUUUCUUGGAGGAAGAUGUGCACAGACCAUGCGUUGAAUCGAGAUCUGGGUACGAUUCAAUUUCAGCCAAGAGCUGUCAAGUUGCGGCGGAGCUGAAGUUGUCCGACACGAGAGCCAACAAACGUUGCUUCUCUUCCGAGCAGCCCACCUUUAAAUCCGAGUUGAAGAUGCGCUCCAUUCAAAAAGGUUGAUAUGCCUUAACAUCGCAAUGGUAUGCUUAACGGCUUUGUGUAAGAUGGUCUUGGCAGAGCGCAGCAUGAUUCACAUUUUCAUGUAUUCUUUCGCGGCGUUUGCCGUCAAACACGAGACCCAGGCGUGCCCCCCGAGGUGCCAGUGCGAUAGCCUCAAGCGCGACGUCGGAUGCGUCUCCAAGCGGUUGACGAGCGUGCCGCGCGGGCUGCCACCCCGCACGCGGACGCUGCAUCUCAACGGCAACAGCAUCACGGCUCUCACCGCGCACUCCUUUGCUCGCGUGCCGCGCCUGGAGGAUCUCCAGCUGCGGGACUGCGGCGUCCGAGACAUCGGCGGCGGCGUGUUUCGGGGUAUGAGCCACCUGGCGGGGCUCGACCUGAGCAACAACGACCUUCAGAUUCUGCAUCCCGGGGCCUUUGCUGGGCUGACGACGCUCAAGACGCUGCUCCUGCACAACAACCGGCUCCUCGAGAUCAAAGCUGGGGCAUUCUCCUCGUUGCAGCAGCUGAGCCUGCUGAACCUGACGGGGAACCGGCUGACCUACCUGCCGGACGGCGCGCUGCGGGGCCUCAAGUGGCUCGGGUACUUGCGGCUGUCCAACAACGCGCUCAGCAGCCUGGGCGACGACGUCUUCGCGGGUCUCUCGUCUCUGCGGCGACUCGACCUCGACGGGAACCGCCUGCAGUUCGUCCCCGUCGAGGCGCUGGCGAAGCUCCGGCGGGUGGUCGCGAUGGACCUGAGCGAGAACCCGCUGACAUUCAUCGGAGACUCCGCGUUUCGCACGCCGGCCCUGCAGCGGCUCCGCGCGGACGACACGGCUCUGCAGAACGUGGCGCCCGGCGCGUUCGACGCGUCUCCCGGCCUGCUGUCGCUCUAUCUCCGGCGUAGUCAGCUCAAGGUCGUCCACCCCAUGACCUCCCUCACGCGGCUCAGGCAGCUGUCCCUGCACGGCAGCCCCCUGCAGUGCGACUGCUACCUGCGCGACUUCCGCGAGUGGCUGCGUGCCAACGCCGCCAAUCUGUCGUUUAGCGGCACAUGCGCCACCCCCGUCGGGGUCUAUCUCAGGCGACUCACCGACCUGCAGCCCGAUCAGCUCAAGUGCAAGAGCGGGCAGCGUUCCGCGAGGCCCGGCGGGCGGCCGCGCGAACCCGAAGGCUGCCCGAAGCGCUGCAACUGCAGGCCAGAGGUCCACCACGUGGCCUGCAAGAGCAAGGGCCUCACGGCGGUGCCUGGGAACAUCCCAGGGUACACCUGGCUUCUGGACCUGCAGGACAACCAGGUGUCUGUCGUUCCCAAGAAGGCGUUUUCCACGGCAAAUAACCUCUUCUCGCUGCAUUUGCAAAACAAUCGAAUCAACGACUUUGGUAAAGAUGCAUUUUACGGUUUGGGCAAGCUGAUUUAUCUAUAUUUGUCGAACAACAGCAUUUCUCACUUGAGUAACUACGUCUUUAAUGGCCUCAGCUCGCUCACGUACCUAUACUUGGAUCAUAAUUUGCUCACCGUCCUGGGUGCGUGCAUGUUUAAACCUCUGGACAAUCUGAAUUCCCUCAAUUUGGGUUACAAUGGAAUCCAUCGCGUGGACGAAAAGGCCUUCGACGGGGCGCGCAAAUUGCGCGGUCUGAAUUUGACGAGCAAUAACGUCUCGUCGCUCCCAGCCGCGACCUUUUCCUCGACCCCUGAGAUCGAGACGCUCUCCCUGGACAAGAAUAAGCUCGCCCACGUGCCAACGCGAUGCUUGCAGAACGCGCCCAACCUCAAGAAACUUGACCUCUCCUAUAACCCCAUCAAAUCCAUCGCCCCGGACGCUUUCGCGAAGGGGCCCAGGUUCCUCCAACACCUGUGGAUCGGCUACACGGAUCUGCAGAAGGUGAGGGCGUUUCGUCUGCAUCGUGUUGAUUACACAUUGCACGUACGCGUUCAUCGUUCGUUUGUGACGACCUCCUGUGCACCGGGCGAGGUAGUGAACAUCUCCGAGCCAGCGUGCCACCCACCCAUCAUCAGGUGGCUCGUGUCUCCCCUCCAGGUGCACGCGCAGUCUCUGCGGGGGCUGAGCCCGGCGCUGCGCUCUCUGGACCUGCGGCACAACAAACUGCGCUCGCUGCAGCUGCCCUACUCGUCCCUGACGAGUCUGCGGAUCCUGCACCUGCACGGGAACCCCUGGGCCUGCGACUGCAGCCUGAUGCCCCUUCAGCGGUGGCUCGAGGUUCGGCGCAUCCGGCAAGGGGGGAGAUGCACCGAGCCCAAAUCCGUGCGGGGAAAUCCGCUCCGCUCCGUCUCCCUCGCUCACUGCGAGGCGCGCCACAAAUUCAACAACGCACGCUCGGCGGAACCCGACGGCCGGCGCGCUCGGCACGCACGCCACUGCGUCUCGGAGGCGCACGUAAACCCUCCCAAGUGAUGUCCAGACACCCUUGCGUUUGCGAUAUCAGGAAGCCACUAGGGAGCUAUGUAUGCACUUUUAAAUCUAGAUUGAAAGCCCAUUUUGGUAGAGUUGCUUUUUGUGUUGUUGUUGUUGUGUGUGUGUGUGUGCGCGCGCGCCUCGUUUGUCGCCCUUCCCACAACGGCACCUCCCGAUUAGCGCGGUUGGCUACUGUGCGGUGCGAAAGAAGUUCAAAGUACGUGCGUAUCUAUCCGCUGCUGGGCGAGAGAGUCUCACCGCUGCCCCGCGUCUCGUGGAAGUUAUUUGACCAUACUUCACAUUGAUCGGUGGAGGGAGCAGUGGUGAUGGAUGUGGAGAGUGGGGGGGGGGCACAUAAAGUACAGCACAACGGAUUUACUGCUACACACUGCCCCCUGCCAGCGACACAUCCCCUCUGCAGCCCUGUACAUGCGACAACCUUCCACGUGUGCUGCAACGUGCGGUCGCCUCUCCAAGCAAGGACUCUUCAGGCUCAAGGCUGCUUGGCUUCCGAGGUCAAACGCAUUCCGGGCAUUUCUGCUUCGCGACACGAUGGGCGUCCGAGACGCUGGAGAGUCGACAGAACACGCACGAGAAUGGCGAAGGAGGGUGUUCUAAAGACGCGAGGCACUUCACAUGCUCUUCACUUCUCUCUCUCACUCACACUGUUGCGACAUGAAGUCACGUACUGGAUGCAUUAUGUACGUUGAACUUCUUUCGCGCCGUACGUAGCCAACCGUGCUAACCGGAGAUGCGGCCGGAAGUGUACAAUAAUACGAAUGUAAUAAAUGACGAAUUCGUCAUUUCGCGACGAUUGGUGUACCUUCAAACUGCUGAUUCCUAUCGUACGUAGUUUAGGAGCAUAUAUCCUGAUCAGUGUUACGUGCUUGUACUUUCCGGAAAAAAACACUUUAAGUUAAUAAAAAAAACUCUUUGAAACAAA